AUGAAAAGGCCAGCGCUCCUAUCACCCCCACGAAGCCUCGACUGUUGCUCUCAAAGUGGUGAGUCGUUCGAGCAUCCGGACCUCGAACUGUUCGCUGCGGCGGCAAAGAGAACAAUUGACUUGAGUAGCUACCGCAUGAAACCACUUAGCCCAAAAGAACUGAUUCUCUACCUUAACGUCCUGAAACUAGAGCAAAAUGCCCUGAGCGAACCGAACCUAGCCACGUUGAACACCCUCAUCGCGUCCCAAAUUGAACAAAUCCCUUUUCAAGGAAUAGACACGUUUGUCGGCCAUCAGCUGCCGUUGGAUGACGACUCAGUAUUCCACAAGGUGAUUGAGCAGCGCCGCGGUGGCAUCUGCUUUGAACUCAAUAACAUAUUCGGCAGGCUCCUGCUGACACUAGGCUUCAAGUUUCAUAUCCGGGCAGCCAGAAUACGCUGGGGGCGUCCGCUCGACACGCCAUUGACUCCCCUAGGACACCUGCUCUUCUGCGUCGACCUAGGCGAGGAAGGAGAGUACUUCGCCGACGUGGGCUUCGGCGGGCCGAACCCGUUCAAGGCGAUGCCCGUGGAAGGCGAGGCAGAGCCUUACCGACUACGCAGACUGGACGAUGAAGGGAACAUCGAAGUGGCCAUCAAGUCGACGGGACGAGGAGGCACAUCGGCUACUUGGCGUCCCUUGUUCCAUGUGUUUCCUCUGCCACAGAAAUGGAUCGACUUUGUGCCAACGUACUGGUACACCACGCUGCACCCGCGAUCGUUGUUCCGUCACGUGCUCAUGGUGGGUCGCUUCGCUGACGAUUCGUGGUUGACCCUUGUGGACGGUCGCUUCUGUCGGCGCUCGACCAGAGGCCAAGUUGAGCAGCGUCGCAUCACGGACGUGGAAGAAGUGCUUCGCCUUUUCGACACCGAGUUCGCCUUGAAGCUGAAUCCAGACAUGAACCUCGACCUCCUCAGGUCCCGCAUUAAGAGCGUUAUUUAG